UCUGAAAACUUGAAUCCAGACCCGACCCAUUUUCCAUUUCCCUCCGGCAACUGUGAACCUCCAGAAAAUGGUCGGCUUCCAUGUUCUCCGAACCGCCCGUCGCCUCGGUCGAUGCUCUCUCUCCUCCCUUCUUCUUCGUGGUUCACCUUCUGCGUUUGGAUCAUUCUUGAAAGUGGGAUGCAGGAGAUACAACACGUCAACGAGGAACCGAGCUGGGGUUAUGUUCCCAUCGAAUUCCUUAAAUGCAAUGUCAGCUUGUACGUCAGAGGCAUCACAUGAUCCUUUGUCGAGAUAUCAUUUUUUGCGGGUCCUGAGGCAUGAACAAUAUUGUACUGCUGCUGGGAAUGAGGAAAAGCAAACAAUCUCAGUGACCUUCGUUGACAAGGAUGGCGAAGAGAAGCAUAUCAAAGUCCCUGUUGGAAUGUCUAUGCUAGAAGCUGCACAUGAGAAUGACAUCGAGCUUGAAGGAGCAUGUGAAGGGUCACUUGCCUGUUCCACAUGUCAUGUGAUUGUUAUGGAUGUGGACUACUACAACAAGCUAGAAGAUCCAACAGACGAAGAGAAUGACAUGUUGGAUCUUGCUUUUGGCCUCACUGAGACGUCUCGUCUAGGUUGUCAAGUAAUUGCAAAACCUGAACUUGAUGGACUUCGGUUAGCUCUUCCUGCAGCCACGAGAAACUUUGCUGUUGAUGGCUAUAAGCCGAAACCACAUUAGAGAAUCUCUAACAUCGAUAAAAGAUUACUGGUAGGUAUCUGCCAAAAAUCAAAGCCAGUUUUGUAGGCCUUUUACGAGUGUAUAAUAAUACCUUAAGGGUGAGUAUGGCAUCACAUAUUAUGCUGGAAAUUGUGACUUUAGGGUGAGUAUGGCAUCACAUAUUAUGCUGGAAAUUGUGACCAAAGUCAGCUGUUGUUUAGGCAUUUAGUCAAAAGAAUUGAUUGAUUAUUUAUUAAUAAUAUAUCAAGGCUCUGCUCCUUUUUUUUGUUGGGUGUAUCUUUUCACUAGGUUUGCAUUUUUGACGUUGGUUAAACAGUUGUGCCAAAUCAACAUUAGGAAGUUUUUUGUUGUCAUUUCAAGUA